GGCACACGUCGGAGCGCGGCGCCGGAUCGGGUCCGGUGCUGCUGCAGCCCCGCUGGGACCGGACCAGCCCCACGAUGCACCUGAACGCCACGGCUCCUCCGGCCGUGACCGGCGGCCCCCUCCACCUGCACCCCAUCGGCUACGCCAAUGCCUCCAACCGCUCCGACCUGCUCCCCAAAGUGCCCGACGAGGAGGACCUGGACGUUAACACCGACAUCUACUCCAAAGUGAUGGUGACUGUCAUCUACUUGGCUCUUUUCCUGGUGGGCACGGUGGGUAACUCUAUCACGGCGUACACGCUGGUGCGCAAGAAGUCGCUGCAGAACCUGCAGAGCACCGUGCACUACCACCUGGCCAGCCUCGCCUUCUCCGACCUCCUCAUCUUCCUCCUCUGCAUGCCUAUCGAGCUCUACAACUUCAUCUGGGUCCAUCACCCCUGGGCUUUUGGGGGGGCCGUCUGCAAGGGCUACUACUUCCUCCGGGACGCCUGCACCUACGCCACGGCGCUCAACAUCGCCAGCCUCAGCGUGGAGCGCUACAUGGCCAUCUGCCACCCUUUCAAAGCCAAGAGCAUCAUGUCCCGUAGUCGCACCAAGAAGUUCAUCAGCUGCAUCUGGAUCGCCUCCUUUCUCCUCGCCAUCCCCAUGAUCUUUACCAUGGGGGAAAUCUACGGCAAGGACCAGAAUCCCGACUCCCUCAUCUGCACCACCAUUGUGGACGCCUCCACGCUGAAGACGGUCAUCCAGGUCAACACUUUCAUCUCCUUUGUGUUCCCAAUGGUCGUCAUUUCUGUGCUCAACACCAUCAUCGCCAACCAGCUCAUGGUUAUGUUCAAGCAGGCUGCCCAGGAAAACCAGGUCUGCACCAUCGGUGGGCAGCAGACGAUGCUCAGCAUGUCCAUGGAGCCCAACCGCGUGCAAGCCUUGAAGCAUGGCGUGAGGGUCCUACGUGCUGUGGUGAUUGCCUUUGUGGUCUGUUGGCUCCCUUAUCACAUUCGGCGUCUGAUGUUUUGCUAUGUCCCCUCCAGUCACUGGACAGACUCCCUUUUCAACUUCUACCACUACUUCUACAUGCUGACAAACGUCCUCUUCUACAUCAGUUCUGCGAUCAACCCCAUCCUCUACAACCUGGUGUCUGCAAACUUCCGACAGAUCUUCCUGUCUACGCUCACGCUGCUGUGCCUGCCAUGGAGGAAGAAGAAGAAACGACUGGCCUUCACCAGGAAAUCCAACAGCAUCUCCAGCAACCACACGUUUUCCAGCCAGGUCACAAGGGAAACUACAUACUGAAGCCAAAGGAUGAAGGGAAACGCAUUUCAUCGUGGAGUCAAAACUUGAGAGAGGCCUCUGUGACUUUCAUGCAUGGUCUCCAAAUUCACGUAACACAAAUGUGUUUAGCAAAGUCAUUUUUGUUGGAAAAAUAGGCUUCGUUCUGCCAGUAACUUUGAGGUUAUUUUAAAGCAUUGGC